AUGAUAUAAGAAAAAGCCUAUUAUUACAAUCUAGAAUAAUUUUUAAGCUCUUCACUUUAAUCAUUUUAGGUUCUCCAUAUUGAUAUGAAAAAAUAUGGAAAUUAAAUUGGUGACGAAGGCGCAUCAAGCUUAGGUUCUGGUUUAGGAAAAUGCACUAAUCUCUUAAAUUUGAUACUUCAUCUAAGGUCUAAUUAAAUUAGUGAUGAAGGAGUUUUAUAAUUAGGUUCUGGCUUAGGAAAGUGCUCUAAUCUCUCUAAUUUGAUACUUGAUCUUUAGGAAAAUUAAAUUAGAGCAAUUGGUACAUCAAACUUAGGUUAUGGUUUAGGAAAAUGCACUAAUCUCUCAAAUUUAACACUUAAUCUUGCCUUGAAUAAAAUUGGUGCAAUUGGUGCAUCAGGCUUAGGUUUAUGGAAAUGCACAAAUCUCACAAAUUUGAUACUUAACCUUUGGGAAAAUUAAAUUGGCGGUGAAGGUGCAACAGUUUUAGGUUCUGAUUUAGGGAAGUGCACUAAUCUCUAAAAUUUGGCACUUCAUCUAAGUUUGAAUAAAAUUGACGCAAUUGGCGCAUCAGGCUUAGGUAACGGUUUAGGAAAGUGCACUAAUCUCUUAAAUUUGACACUUAAUCUUUGGUCUAAUUAAAUUGGCUAAGAAGGAGCUUCAUGCUUAGGUUCUGGUUUAGGAAAGUGCCCUAAUCUUUCAAAUUUGUCACUUGAUCUUUAGAAUAAUCAAAUUGGUGCAAUUGGUGCAUCAAGUUUAGGUUCUGGUUUAGGAAAUUGCGCUAAUCUCUAAAAUUUAAAACUUGAACUUUAGGGAAAUUUAAUUGGCAAUGAAGAUACUCCAGACAUAGCUUCUGGUUUAGGAAAGUGCACUAAUCUCUCAAAUUUGACACUCCAUUUAAGUUUGAAUAAAAUUGGCACAGUUGGUGCAUCAGGCUUAGGCUCUGGUUUAGGAAAGUGUACUAAUCUCUCAAAUUUGACACUUGAUCUUGGUUGGAAUGAAAUUGAUGCAAUUGGCGCAUCAGGCUUAGGUUCUUGUUUAUGGAAAUGUACAAAUCUCUCAACUAUGACACUUAACCUUUUAAGAAAUUAAAUUGGUGAAUAGGGUGCAUCAGACUUAGGUUUUGGCUUAGCAAAGUGCACCAAUCUCUCAAAUUUAACACUCCAUAUAAGUGAAGACAAAAUUAAGAUAUCAAAAUAAUUAAAAGUAAGGUGCCUUAAAUCAAAAAGAUUAGUUGACUUAAAAAUAAAAUAAAUAUGA